GAAGCCGGGAACAUCACACCAUGAGGGUCUUGGUGCUCCUGUGCGUCCUCGCUGUGGUCCAGUCCCGGCCAUGGGCCGGCAGCAAACAUCCGUUGGGUGGCAAGAAAUUCUCGGGACCUGGGCUGCUUCCACCACCUGGGGUUAGGCCUGGCUUCAAUCGGUUUGGUCCACCACCACCACCGCAUGUGGUGGUGGUGGUGCCACCAGCGUCAGGCAGCACAAAUGCAGGUGAAGGAAAAGAAGAAGGUGGGGGCAAAGGGGGAGGAGGAAAGCCCAAGGCCGCUCCAGCCGCGGCUGAAACCCCCAAAGCUGCCCCAGAGGCACCUAAGGCUGAAGCCGGUGGCUCGAAAGGCUCGAAACCCGUAAGUGGCGCUUCGGGAGGCGAAGGCGCUGGUGAAGAUAAAGCCGUGGCCGCGUCUUCAGGUGGUUCUGGCGGGGAUGAAGGUGGCUCGGAAGGAGAAGGCGGUGGUGGUGAUGAAGCUGGAGCCGGCGGUUCGGGAUCUUCGGCUAGCGGUGGUAAAGCCGUGUCCAAGUCAGCUGGCGGUGGUGCAGCCAUGUCUAAGCCAACCGGUGGUGCUGAUGGUGGUGAUUCAGAUAGUGAUUCAGAUAGCAGUGAUUCGGAUGGUAGUGAUUCGGAUGGUAGUGAUUCAGAUGGUAGUGAUUCAGAAGAUUCAAGUGGUGAUGACGAUGGAAGUGAUGGCAGCAGUGGCGAAGAUGACGGUUCUGACAGCAGUGACGGUGAUGACGGAAGUAGUAGUGGCAGCGACAAAGGCUCUGGUGGCGAUGAUGACAGUGAUGGCAGCGACAGCAGCGACGACAGUGCUAGCAACGGGAACGACGAAGACGAUGGUGGUGACGAUAGUGACAGUAGCGGUUCCGACAGCAAUAGUAGCGGUAGCGACGAAGACGGUAACGGCGACAGCAACAGUGAUAGCAGCGGCAGCCACGAAGGCGAUGGUGGUGACGGUGACAGCGGUAGUAGCGGAAGCAGCGGCGAAGACGGUGAUGGCAGUGACGACAGCGCUAGCAGUGGGAGUGACCAAGAUGAUGGCAACGGCGACAGUGAUAGUAGCGGCAGCGACGACAAUAGCAGCGGUAGCGACGCAGACGAUGAUGGAGAUAGCGACAGUGAUAGCAGCGGUAGCAACGAAGGCGGUGGUGGCGAUGGCGACAGCGGUAGUAGGCGGAAGCAGCGACGAAGACGGUGAUGAUAGCGGCAGUGGAGAUGAUGAUAGCGGCAGCGGCAGUGGUGAUGCUGAUGGUGGCGAUGAUGGAGAAAGUGGGGAUGACGAUGGAGAUGGUGACAGCGGUGAUGGCAGUAGCAGCGACGGAGAUGACAGUGGCAGUAACAGUGGCGAUGAUGGUAAUGGAAGUGGUGAUGAUGGCAACGACAGUAGCGGCGACGACGACGGAGAGGAUAGUGGCAGUGAUGAAAAGGGCGGCGAUGGAGGAAGUCCCAGUGCUUCUGGUGACUACAUUGUUUCCUGCGGCCGGUGAUCAAAAUCAACUGCAGCUAUUCAAAUUGACUGAAGGGAUUCGAUUAAUCGCGCCAUUCAGUGGAAACUACUCCAAUGGUGGACAUACGUGGGUAUUGACAGCCAAUGCCGAAUAUUUUAGAGCAUUGUGAGUUUGUAGUCUUUAUUCAACCUUUGAUGCGUCGACACGUAAUUUUCCCUCGUCAUGGUUUCCAUAGUGACCCGGUCAAGGCGCGCUCACGUUUGUGCCGUGCCAUUAAGUGGCUUCAAGAUCUGUGCAAUCGAUACCUAUGCCAACCGUGUGUUGGAGCCGCAUGGUUGUCAGAAAGACGUGCUCCCCUGAAAUCAAGCGUUCUCGCACGCAUUAUUACGGAUUAUUUGAACUUCUAAGAUGAUCCACACGACUUGUCAGUCACAUCGCUUGGAUGUCGCAUUGUGCCUCCAGGUGCAACGUAGAACUGAAGACGACCAAUAGUGGUUCAUAUAGAAGGGGCAGCCUGUGCACAAUGCAACGCAACAUUAAGUCAACGGCUGGCCACAAGCUGAGAAAAUCAUGGACCACCAUGCUGCGACAUUCUUGUUAUGUUGAUGCUAAAUGAUUCGCCGAAGAUGAUAAUUACCGGAAUGUUUGGAGAAUGUGCGUGGUAUGAUCCACCAAAUAUAUUAUCGUCGCCUAUCGUGCAAUGUAUUAAUGGACGGUAUUACAAGCCAAGAC